UGAAGAAGUAGCAAGCCGGUUUCACUCCAUCACAGACAAAGCAAAACAGCAUUCACAAUCCUUAAAACACUAACACAGAAUAUUAAGCACGAGGGAUUAUCAUUAAGCAGUAAAGGGACAGGGUUUUUUUUUGUCUCUGGAUAGAUGACACACAAAAAGGAUCUGCAUCUAUGUAAAUUUUUAUAAUGUUGAGAGAAGUGUGUUUUCUGUUACUUUUCACCACAUCUCUGAGUGUGGACAUUACAUAUAGAGUGAAAGAAAAUUUACUGCCAGGAACCUUCAUUGGAGAUAUUGCACGUAAUGUGACACUGCCAUCUAUAAGGCGAAGUGAAGUAAAAUUUUCUCCGCUACAAAAGAAUGAGUUCUCUGACUUUUUUAAUAUCAGCAAAAAGGGAAGACUUUAUUUGGCAAAAACAAUUGAUGCUGAAAUUACAUGUAAAUACAAUACAGAAUGCUUUGAAAUACUUGAAAUUGCUGUCCUAAAGAAAAAAUCAUUUGUUAAGAUACUUGAAGUGAAAGUAAUAAUAGAAGAUGUUAAUGACAACCGACCAGAUUUUCAAGAAAAGUACAUAAACCUACAGUUUUAUGAAACAGAUGGGAAAGGAACCAAAAAAUCAGUCCCAAAUGCAGUCGACAAAGACGUUGGUUUUUUAAAUUCGCAGAUCACUUACAGGCUGGGAAAUAUACAUAAGCAAUUCAAGUUGAAAACAGACAAAAGAGUGGAUGGUUCUUCAAAACUUGAAAUUAUCCUGACUGAAGAAUUAGAUCGAGAAAUAAAAGACACUUAUUUUGUACAAAUAAUUGCUAAAGAUGGAGGCACUCCACCAAAGUUAGGUGUCUCAAAUGUUCAGAUAAUUGUCACAGAUGAAAACGAUAAUGCCCCUGUCUUUGCUCAAAAUACCUAUAAUAUUUCACUAAACAAUACACACCAAACAAGGAAACCCAUUGUUAGGUUACAAGCAAGUGAUAUUGAUGCUGGAAGAAAUGGAAAAGUUUCUUACCAUUUUGGAACUAAAACUACACCAUUGGCCAAAUUAUAUUUCAAACUAAAUAAUGCAACAGGAGAAGUAUUCUUGUCAAAUGAUUUCUCAUUUAAUAAGAAACACAAAUAUUUGCUGUAUAUUGAUGCCAGAGAUGGUGGCAGUCCAUCAAUGAGUUCAACAGCCAUUCUACAAAUCAACAUUGAAAAUCAAGAUAAUGGGAGUCCAAGUAUAGAGCUCAACUUCUUUUCACAGACAAAUGAAGACACGGCCAGCAUUUCUGAAGAUGUUGAUAUUGGUAGUUUUGUAGCAUAUGUGAAGGUUAUUGACAAUGAUAUUGGCAACAAUGGACAAGUAAGCUGCGAAUUGGAACAUGAGGAUUUUAUUCUUCAACCAUUAGAUGACAAGAAAUAUAAGAUUGUUGUGAAGAAUGCCAUAGACAGAGAAGCAAACAGCUACAUUGAUUUUAACAUAUCUUGUCAAGACAGAGGCACUCCUCCAAAGACAGCUGUUAGAAAAAUUUCUAUACAAGUGACAGAUAUCAACGAUGUAAAACCUCAGUUCAGUCAGGAAAGUUUUCAGUUUUUUACAUAUGAAAAUGGAGAACCAGACUUUCCAAUUGGUCUAAUCAAUGCCACCGAUCCAGAUCUGGGAGCAGGAGGUCAACUGACAUAUUAUCUCUUGAAUUCUACUGAAAAUAUAGUUCCUUUUAGAAUUUCAAACUAUGGAUUUAUCACAACAACACAACCACUGGAUAGAGAGAAACAAGACAGAUAUCGAUUGGCAGUCGUAGUCAAAGAUAAUGGGACACCCCCAUUGAAAAAUACAGCAAAUGUCAUUGUUGAAAUUAUGGAUAAAAAUGAUAAUGUUCCAUAUUUCACUUUUCCUGGAGUUGAUCCAUUCCAUCUUAAAGUCCAUUACCAUCCUCAAAGACAAAAAGCCAUCACAACUCUCAGAGCAUACGACAGAGAUAGUCAGUUGAAUGCUUUCCUUCAAUAUGAAAUACUUGAGGGCAAUGACAAGAAGUUAUUUUCCCUUGACAUGUACUCUGGAGUCAUAUCUUUUUCUCGCUCUGUUUACAAUAUUGAUGCUGGUUUCUAUAAACUGAAUGUGUCUGUUAAAGAUAGUGGCACUCCAGUUUUGUCAACAACAACUUCAUUAACUUUAACAUUGACAGUCAGCAAUAGUACUUCCAAAUUUUUGACAAGUCGUCAUAAACUAUCAACCAAAGAAAUACCUGUCAAUGUGAUGGUUAUUAUACUAGUAGCAGCAGUUAUUGUAUCUAUAACUAUUGUGGUCUCCAUAACAGUGUGCAUUGUGAGGAGAAACCAUCGGAGAGAAAUCCUUUACUGUGAAAGGCGAGAACAAGGACAGAAAUUCAUGAAUCAAAAUGGGCAGUCUGAAUAUGGAUGUAACCCAAUGUCUCCCCAAAGUGACAGUCAAGAAGUAAUGUUGACACACCCAGGAAUUAAUUCUGCAGUUUCUCAGGCAACAUUAUUAAGAAAGGAGCUUUACCAUGAUUCAACAUGGCAUGGUUCUCCAUUACAGUCUCAUCGACAGAACAUCUGCCAAGGAACAAACCAGAUGGCCUUACAUAAUUCAUUGGCAGCUGAGAAUUUCAGAGAAAGAGAAGAUAUGCUGACAUCUUCUGAUCAUUUUAGUGAGAAGUCCACAAUGUCGUCAUAUGAUGACAGUGGCCAUGGUUGUAGUGAUGGCAACACAAUCCUCUAUGAGGAAUUGCCAGCCAGAAUGGAUGAGAUAGAGCCUGAAUUGCCUGAAUAUCCCCAACAGUCUUUCAACCAGAAAAGUGAAUGUGAUACUUCCUCAUCAGAAUGCAAUCAGUCACUGAAAAGAGCUAAAAACCCACUUCCUACUGAUAUCAUUGAUCUGAAAUCAAACAGAGCUAACACAACAGAUCCUACAUUGGCAUCAAAACCUUGGAAUUUACCAAAGAAAAACAGUUUCAAUUGCUAUUCGAAACCACUGCCAGCGAUACCAAAGAUGUAACUUAUGGAACUGCACACAUAAAAGUUCCAUUAAGAAAUUUAAAUUUACACAUUAUGACCAGGAUGUAACAUAUUUCAGUUUUGCAAACCUUUAUAUCGAAUGAGAGAAUUACCUAUGGUAAUAUAAUACACGGUGUUCAUAAAUUAUCUUUACAAUUUGAAAAAUUCAGUAAAAAAUGAAAAAUAAGGAUAACUCAGCAGAGUUUAUUGGAAAGCAUAGGUAAACAAAUAAAAUUUUAAUGAAAAUAUAAGAACACUUCCGCAGGUGCUCUAUUGGUUGCAUACAACACAUCUAAGUGAUAAAUUGUGGAAGUUGUAAAAAUAGUUUAUGAACACCUUGUAUAAAAGGCUAGAUGCUUCAAAACAUCCACUCAAAUCGUGUGAUUUUUUUUUUUU